AUGCUGGACCGUCACCCCUUAUACGGCUACCUGACCCUGGCCGUUCUGCUGGCCGUAUGCUGGACCGUGUACCUCACACUCUACAACUCACGGCUGCAGGGUGCCCUGCUCACUGCUCUGCUGCGUCGGUUUGUGCGGCGACACCACGUGUCUGUGGGAUCGUUUUCACUGUCGCUGGUGACGGGCAAAGUGAUGUUCCGGGAGCUGGAGUACGUGACGGAGGACUACAGCAUCAGGGUCGUGGACGGGCUGCUUAGGUUCCGCUACUGGCUGCCAUAUGUACAGAGGAGUCUUGGUGAUGACAUGUCGCACUGCGACCACCGUGUGUACGUGGAGCUGAAUGGCCUGAAAGUACACAUGUACAACCGCACUGCGCUGUACAGCGAGCUGGAGAAGUUCUUCGGGCUGGAGCAGCAGAUGGCACAGUCGCAGGACAAAGACUUGGAUAAUAAAGGCGCUGGUGUUGUGGCCGCUGAUCCUAAUGACAUGAGCUUCUGGUCGUCAUGGCGAGACCUCAUCCCGGUCAUUAAAAUAGACCUCAACAUGGCCCGCCUCGCAUUUGGGAACCGUCUGGUGUCGUCUACGCUGGUGAUCACGGCAGACAAAACCGAGGCUUCCUACACGACCAGACCUGCUGCCUGGUCCCUAGACCACUUCACGCACGCUGUUAAUGCUACCAUAGAGAACCUCAGGGUAAUUCUCGCCCCGAGCCCGAAAUUUACGGGGCCUGUGGACGAGCCUCCGCGGUUCAUGGGCGAAGGCUUCGUCGUGAUGUCCUCGGCUAAAGUUUUCUGCUACUACUACCAGGACCAGCCUGGUCUGGUACCCAGCCAGCCCCAGAUGGAAGUGCUGCCGAGCGGCGACAGCGUGGCAGCUCCGGCGCCCACGUGGGGCCUCAACGUGCGCUGCGGCCGCAGCACCAGCCUCAGCUACGGGCCCUGGGCCGACCGACAGAGGGACCAUCUGCUGCACCUGUUCUUCCCUCAGAACUACCAAAACUUGACGGUGACCGGACCGCCUGUACCGGGAGAACUGCGGAAAGCUACGCAGCUCGUCCUGAAGCUCAACUUCCUGACAGACGCGACCAUAGACCUGCUGUUCUCUAAGGACAAGGAGACGAAGGCGGUGCAUCUGAGCAUCCAGAGGGGCUCGUCCAUGGAGCUGAUCCUGCCGUGGGUGGUGGGGGAGCAGGGCUUCUGCACGACCGUGAGGGGGCAGCUUCUGCACCUCGACUCCUCCACCAGCCUCGCCUACCGUAACCUGGUUGAGGCUGAGACGCUGGACUACUCGGUCUGUGUGCGGUACCCGCGGGUGUGGAACCAUCGCCAGACGUGGGACGUGACGCUGCUGGGGACCAAGCUCACGUACCACUUCCUCUACGCCCACAAGUACUUCUUCCAGGAGUUACAAGAAGACUGGGGCAGCAAGAGUGCCCCAGACUUGUACCACUUCGUACCGUACGUCGUGAACGUGGUGCUCACGCUGCAUCAGUUCGAGCUCGUCACCCUCGCCAACGAGGCCAACUGGGUCGACUGCAGCUCUAAGAACACCAGUAAUGCUCACGUGGCGUUCUGUGGGGAACAUUUCAGCCUGAACUUCUGCCUGCCCUUCCAUGAGUUCCUGCCACCCGUCGUCGCUCUCAACUUCAACAUGAAGGGUUCAGACCUGACCCUGUCACUCUACCUGCCGAGCUCCAACACGUCACGUAACGUGCUGCUCUCCCUACACCGUCAUGCUAAGCUCGCCCCCCUGGGGGGUACAGCCGCCCCCCUGGGGGGUACAGGUGCCCCACUCCCCCACCCCGCCCCCCACCCGCGGCCUGGGGCGCCCUGGCGCAACUUCUGCAAGCCGAGUGAGGGCUGGAUAGACUGCUGGACCGUCCCCCUCCUCACCCUGGGGGUGGGGUACACAUAUCACCCCGUGCCCCCCCUCGGCCCCUCCCCCCAGGCCGACAUGUCCACCCCCGAGAAGGAGGAAAUAUUGUUGUCCCCCAUCCGCGCCCCCCACCGGGGGUCAGCUCGCUCCCCCAGGCGGCCUCGUCUAGACGCUAAACAGAGCAGCAGCAGCAGGGGGGCGUUCGACCCCCGCUCCCUGGCGCCCGAUCAGUUCACCGUCGACCUCCUCAUCGAUCAGUCGUCCACCAUCAAGUUAUACGGUGCCGUGCUACGGCAGUUCCUUCAUCUCAAGGUUAGUCAUGCUGAGGAGGCCAUGAGACGGUCGUGGGAGUCCCUGCGUCAUCCCCUACAGGAGGAGGAGGAGGAGGAGCCUCCUGACGAGCCUUUCGACUGUAGGAAGUACAGGCCCUUUGAGGUGAAGCUUCUUGUGCGCGUCAACCACGUCACCGGCCACCUCGUCAAGGACUGCAACCCUACGGACGCGGCGUGCCCCGUACUGGUGAUGGACUCACUGGUGUUUGAGAUGCACAAACAAUAUCACGAGAACAAACUCCAGCUGCUGUUGUCGCCCAUCAUCCUCUACGCCCAUCAUCCCAGCGAUGCCGUUUGUGACCAACAACAUCCUUCCGAUGCUGGCGGACGACAUCCUUCCGAUGCUGGCGGACGAAGCAGUGCCUCAGGCGUAGGUGUUUGUAAAACAACAGACCAGCCUCCUGGCAGCUCACGCAAACUCUCGACCGAACCAAAAACGAGUCACACGAACCUGGCUUUCUCAUCUCACGGUAACCCUGCUAACGUACAUCCUUCCUUACUGGACACAUCCACUUUGAGCCACGGCAGCCACGUCUCCUCUAGUCAUCCUAAUCCUUCCCUGCCUAACCCUAACCACGAUAAUUCCACUACCAACAUCGGUAACCUCAACACCACAACCACCAGCAACCCUAGUGCAACCAACACUAGCAACCCCGCGGGCAACAUGAACUUACCGACUGCCGGGGUAACAGCUCCAGGCCACACCACGGAGCCCCACACGUCCUCCAGUCAGGGCAGCAGCAGCCACCGCGACUCCAGCUCCACGCCCCACACCACCACCGCCCACGCCGUCCACACACCGUCCCGCCAUCCUUCUGGCUUUGUCAUGCUGUCAGGUCUACAGAUGCGUGGGCACGCGAUGUUCAGCAGCAGCGGCCGGAGUCUGGACGAGGAGACGCUCGAGUAUGCCUGGCUCGUCGAGCUCAUCGUCGGCUCUCUCUCUGGCAAGCUCACCGCCCCUCAGCUUCAGAACAUAGUAACGGGCGUGGAAACGUUCUUGCUGACGGCUACAGACAGCGAGAAUUGCCUUAGACCAUCUAGACCGCACCUGCUGUGUCAUCAUGGCCGCCCCCAGACCGAGUGUCCCGUUGGUCUGUCAGACAAGCAUCCUGAGGCUCCAGAGGGCGGGACCACACCAUGUGGGACGCCCUUUGGAAAUCCCGAGACUUGCAGAACUCCUGUGGGCAAGCCUAUGGACAACAAGACUUCCCUCAUCCCUUCUUCUUCUGCGGGUACGAGCAAAGGCUCUGCCGGGGUUGGGACUCCAAAAGUCCCCUUGACCCCAAAAGUCCCCGUCACUCCAAAGGUCCCUUUGACUCCAAAAGUCCCCGUGACUCCAAAGGUUCCCGUGACUCCAAAAGUCCCAUUGACGCCCUCAGCUGACACCAGCAUAUCUGGCGUCACCGCCCUCAGGAGGGGCGUGUCCCACUACUACCAACAACAGCGAUCCAAACCUGCGGGUCCUGACAAAAAGUCCCUACCACCAAAGAAGAAGAGUGGAGGACCAUCGUACGAACCAUCGUCGAACGAAGGGAAGUUCGGACCAGAAUCUGGACCCACUUCAGACGAGCCCAAGACUGAAGACGGUGAGAAGAGCCAUCGCAAGCCCAACUAUUGUCCUUCAGUGGACACCAUCAAGUACAGGAUGGUCCGUGCCAGCAUCGAUGCUGUGCACCUGCAUCUUGUUGACCAGUCCGUGGACAUCAGCUUGCAGGCUUACCCCAUCCGCAUAGCGACCUGCAACCUGCACGGCGAGCACGCGCAGGCCGGCGUCACGGCCUUCGUACAGACCGUCCGCAUCCGCAAUUUUGUGUCGGAUUAUCCGGCCUCUUCCCAGCACACGCUCCGGGGCGCCAGCGCAGCUCCUGGUUACCUGAACUCCAGCGCGGGGGGCGGCAGCUCCCACAGCUCCACCACCGCGGGCCGCGGGUCCGCUACGGCAGACCCCGACUCCGGGGCCCCGGUCAUUCCGGGCCACGGCGGCAGCCACUCGUCCGGACCCCUCAGAGAGCCCGCGGGUGGGGAGGUGUGGCUGGAGGUGGGCUCCAUCUCCCUCGGCCCGCUGUUCCUGGACGCGGCCGUGAACUCUGACGUGCAGCACACCGACGUCCAUACGCUCCAAAGGAGCUUCCUUACCAUGCAUGACCACCAGCAGCGCUCCCUAUGGUUCCUAUGGACCAGCGAGUCGAACUCCCCGCAACCUGGGAGCUCAAAGCACCCAGCACAGCCCCUCUCUAGCCCCAAGGGGCGCUGCGGGUGUGUGGGAGGCUGCGCCUUCUUCGGGUCAAACCGCAACGGCUUGCGGUUCUUCAAGUUCAGCCGCCAGGAUAUCAUCGAAGGUUAUAAUGUUGCCCAAUUCAGGAUCAGUGGUCCCGAAGAAGAUCUUGGGUACUGUCAGAGUUUACUGAACACUCGAGAGCUUGUGUUCAAUGCGGGUAACUACACUAAACUUGUUGUACCGCAUUACGACCUCGGCGCCGGUGACCGCGCACGUGUCAAGUAUAGUUUAAGUGCUGGAUAUGGCAGAGGUGGCAACUCCUCUCCGUUGCCAUCAAGUUUCCCUGAUAUUGACAUCCGACGUGCGAGCAAAGUAAGGCCCCACAUGUCCCAGUCCAGUAGCUACACACGUCAACUCUCGCAGACUGUGCCACGUACAGAACAUCAGUUCCUCUCACUAGGCAGGAACUCCGCGGCGCUAAAAGUUCCCAAUUCCCGGGAAAUUUCACCAGGAAGCUUGUCAGAUUUAAGAGCUGACCAAUACGGCAGCAACGCGGCAGCUCGAGAAAGUCGCAUGCCGUCGAGCUUGUCCCUACAGACCGAGCUCCCGCUGCACGCCUCGUCGUCCGUCAGUCCGUCCUGUACUCCGCACAGGAAAAAUGAACUUGUUGAUAUGCGGGCAAAAUUCAGCGCAGAUUCUCAGCACAGCGUGGAGGGCAGCGAGAGUUUCAGCGCCCGCGUUCAGCGCACCAUUUCCCUGGGCAGCGAAGCUCUCAGCGAGGCUUUCUACUCCGCCGAUGAAGACCAGCAGAGCCUCGCUGGUGCCCCUCGACAAAGCUCCCUCUCCCCCUCCUCCUCCCUGCUCAGUAUGCCCACGCUCCCCCAACACCCACUGGGGGGACUCUCUGCUCCCCACAACUCCUCAUCCUCCAGCUCCCCAUACUACGCUGCCCCCUCCCACUACAGCCCACACUCGUCUCAGUUCGCUUCCCCCUUGCCAUCUCCUCUCUACCGACGACCACAUCCCCUCUCACGACAGUCCUCAACCACAUCCCCUCCUGUUCACCCCCACACCGACUCUCCCCCCACGUCCCCACCCACCGCUCACCACACCGACUCCUUUGCUGACGCCACCAUCAGUCCGGGCUCGUUCGAUUCCAGUCAAUAUUAUGGAAGUGUAGGAGUGGACAGCCCAACAUUCGUCACCUCGCCUGGUCACAACCGUUCACACCGCAACAGCAACAGUAGCAGCAGUAGCAGCAGCAGUAGUAACAGUAGUAGUAACAGCAGCAGCAGUAACAGCAACAGAGGUCACGAUAUGUUCCUUCAUGCUAAACAGACCAGCACACAGACCUCAGGACCUGGUCUAUUGGCCGCUGCUACUGAUGGUCUUAGCAGCAGUAGGACGAUGUUACUGUGUCACAGUGACUCAGAUCUCUCAGUGGCCGAUGAGCCGCAGCUUCACCGAACUGCUUUCCAACACGAAACGAAGUCUCACAGACACUACGAUAGUGACCAUUUAUCGGAAAUUGGAAGCAUCUCGAGCACAUCUUUCCUGUCUGCCGUCUCGUCACAGGAGGAUAUGGCGCUUGUAGAUCUCCAAGUGCAGCUAAACAAACCAAUUAUUGACUGUCCAUUGCUCCUUCCUUCGUACAAGAACCACAUGACUCAGUUACGCUGCGUCAACUGGAACUGCGGGGUGCCAUCUUUCAGCGGCGACGAGCGGUUUGGGAGCAGCGGCAUGGCUCCCCAAGGGGACCUUUACACUCCCAACUUCGAGAAACUCAGUGAAGGAUUUACUGCCAUAAGGAUGGUUGAGACCUCUGAUUGGUUAUCACGUCAACACAGUCAAGAUCCCUGUGACGUAUGUGGACCGAGUUAUCAAUCCGGGGAGCCACUUCACACUCCGUCCCAUCCGUACGCCCCUCCUCUCUUCUCCUUCACCGACGAGGACGACGACAGCUGCUCCAAGGAGGCCGCUGAGGCGGAGAGCUCAGCAGUUGUAGGCGGGUGCGGGCUUGUGUCAGCCACGAGCACGACGCUCGUCAUCAAGCUGUACAAGGACGUCAACAUCGCACUGUCUCCCCUCGGUGUAGAGUCCGUCCAUCAGCUCCUCGAGUCAUUGCGAGGUGUGCUGGAGAGCCUGCACCCAAUGACCAUCAUUAAUCAGGCGCACCAACAUUCCAUUGCUACUGUCGAGGCCAAGAACACGCUUAAGAAGGAGCGGUACAUGUACUGGUCCAGCAUGAGGGACUUGCAGCUAUCGUCAUCAUCGUCGACGUCACCUCGUGGUGGCCCACUCGCCCCCUGGCGGGAGGACGACCACGUGACUCCGGGGGGCGGUAACCCCCCCCAGCAGCAGCAGCCGUCCUUCGUGACGUCAACGUACAGGGAGAGCUGCUACCAGCGACUACAGGGACAGCUUUCUAUACCCAGGGUGAACAUGACGCUGCUGCAAGCCUCGGUGGUGGAGGCCGUCAUAUCCUUCUCUGCCCUGGAGAACACCAAGGACCUGACGUGCGUAUCCCUCGUGUCGGUGUGUCUGGACGAUGUGAACCUGCGGUUCUCCACGGGGCAACACUCGAACCGCUCCGUGCAGAUCGUGCAGCGGCCGCCAAAGCUUCCUGGCAAGCAAAAGAAGCGCCGUAAAGCCAAGAACCGCCAGGCGGUUGAAAUUCUCUCUCAGCCCGUCUACAUCGAACGCUGCGUGAAGCAGCGUGAGGAAAAUAUGAUGUCCAUUAACAUCGGUCGCUCACACGCUCAGUUACGAAGGCUGCAGAACGAAAGCACACUGCUGCAGGAUGCCGACAUCACUGCUAUACCCAAGCAUCGUUCCAAGGUGCUGUUCUCGUACCAACGAUGUUGCAAGGCUGAGAAAGAGAACUUCAUGGACUCUCACUUGGGUGCUGGUAAGAUGGGCUUCAUUAUGUUCGAGGCUGGACUCGAGAAGAUCGCUCUUAAAGCUAUCAAACGCAAGGGAUUUGGAGCUACGCAAGCCAAGAAAGAAGACAAUGAGAAAGAAAAUAAUGCCGAAGAUAAAAAUGGCAACACUGUUGAUGAUGAUCAAGAUAACGCCAGUACCAGCGACAACCUGAGUUCUCCUAGCACGACCAUCGAUGCUAAAGCGGCAAAGAACUUGUCGCGCAGUGGUAGUCAGGAUCUCGGUAGUAACGAACACGUUGAUGGUGGUAGCAAUAGUAGCUGCGCUUCCUUCAAGGUUGGACCAGCCGACGACGUGAGCAGCGUUGGUUAUUCAGGAGGCAGUGAGGAGAGCGGAGGUAGCGGCAAAGAUGACAAGGAAGAAACAACAGGGAAAGCUUCCACUGAUGAACCAAGGAAGAGAAAAUCAACAGUUUUGACUCCUCCACCUGAUAACUCCGCGCAUGAAGAUGCUCCUAAACCUUCUGAUGAUCACUCAAAAGAGGAACAUCCUGUGAACGACGAGGAGGAUAAUGUUAGCAAAAGCGCGAGUGUUAAAGCCUGCAAAAAAGACAUCACUUCAUUUUCUGGUGAAAUCAGAAGUGUGUGGCUGAACUUUGCCGCCCCUCCUCACACUCCCAUCACUCGCAAAAUAGACUACACUCGCCUCGACUGGAACCUCCUGAGCACAGCCAGUCCCAGCAUCGACGCUUGGAUGAACCCAACUGACCGACUCACAGUCGCCGCGGGUCUCUGUCUGCACAACGCAGAGAUGCGUCGUCUCGCCGUCAUUGCGUCACUCAUGACUGACGCUCUGGAAGUGCCCAGCAUCCACGUGCCUGACAAGCCUCGGUACUGGAAAGUCCAGCCUGUUAGUCAGACUCUCCUCGAGGAUCCAUCUUGUCAGCUCUGUAACGUCCUCAGGAGGUAUCUCUUGCUCCCCCACAAGCUCGAAGACCUGGAAGCUAAUUUAUCGCCAACGUUUUUACCUAAACUGGCAACGCUUAGACAAGCAAUCAUUGUACUAAGCCGCCAGUGGAAGAACGUUUUGUACAUUCCAUCUCUCAUGGAGAGGACUGUCAGGCAUCAGCAGCCAGGUAAAACUCACGUCAAAUUCCGGAUUGCACCUCGAAGUUCUGUUACAAAUGCGCCGGUCUCUCGGUCUGCCUCUGCCACCUUGAACCAAGAACCGAGGUCCCCCGGCACCGUACCACCACAUGGUUGUUUGAAGCCUACCGUCGAUGUGACCACCAAGGAAGGUGAGGGCCGAGCUCUUGCUGGCAGUGCAAUGAGCAGCGCUGCAGGCGAGGACAUCACGGACGCCGCAUUCAGCAGCGGCUCCACUCAACUGCCACCAAAACCUGCGCUUCCUUCGUACCCAAUGACGUCAUCUCGCGCGUCCGUUGUGUUUCCUAUCCGCUCUCCUCAUGUUACGUUCAACCUUCCCAAACUUUCGGCGGUCACACCAAAUUUGAGCUUCUUUAAGACCAAGUCGCCGCCUCCUGCUCCAGUACCCAGAGUUCCUCCACCCCGGCCUCCUCCCGCGCGUCGCACGGGACCUGCCCAACAGUCUGCUGAAACUGGCCCGCUUUUGUAUCCCAAUCUGAGAAGACAGGACUCAGAUGACGAAGAAUCUAGUGACAAUGAGAUAUACGUUAAUGAAGGAUCGCCUUCCUUUACUGACAAAAACAACGACCUCUACAAUUGGAUGGCCAAUCAGGAAGACUGUAAGCACCAAGCACCCGACGUUUCCUUCACCACUGAGGACUUUUUGCCCCCGAUGCAUUCGCCGCAUGAGCCCUCAGAUUUUCCGGUUUUCUCGGAGGGUGAGGGCAACGAGUCUCCUCAAGAGAUGUCACAAGGAGACCAGUUCUUCGCUGCUCAUAUAAUCUUCGCUCCACUGCUCGCUAGCAUCGGCGUGCAGACGCAGCAAGCUCCUGCUCGCGCCCUUGAACAACUUGGCCCCAACGUUUGCGUUCUCGCCAUGGUUGAAGCCUUGCGCGUUCACAUCGUCGAGAGUGAAAUAAAGUCGGGAUCUGUGCCAUCACAUUCAAAGAGCCAGUCUGAUUUGCCUGCUUUCGUGUGCCAAAAAGCUGGGUUAGAUUUGGACGUUAGCAAGAUGGCAGACAAUAGUUGGUCGGGCCCAGCUUUGUUUGUGUCACGUUCCGCCCUCAAGCGACAUAUGUCGACUUUGGUCAAGUUCAGCCUGGACAUCAGCUAUGUGUCACAGCAAGUGAACAUGCCCCUUCUGCGACUUCUUCAUCAGAUCACCAGCAUGUAUAAGAACGCAAAGCAGACUCAGAAAGGCCUGAGAGACAAACGGCCAGGCGCUUUGCAUGGUCUCAACUCGUCAAUGCUUCCUCAUUAUCAUUCAGAAAUAUUCCAAGAGCAGCGAUAUCAGCCCCCCAGCACAAGCAGCAUCAGUGAAGACCAAGAACGCGCAACCCUCUCGUCUCUUGGUGGUAAGUUAGACCAGCGAGGCUCUGUAGGAUCUUCUGUUUCGCUGCGUGCGACUCCCCCUCUUCCUCCUCUUGUGGGUCUCUCCACCGUGUCUGAAGCCUCUGUGAUGACAUCGCGCCCCAACUCCCCUGUACCUCCCCCAGCCCCAUCCACCUCCUCUAAUGUUUCAUCCAACACCAAACUUGGGCGUCCUCAGAGUUUCGCUCAGCGUCUCAGAUCUUCAACUAAGCUCGGUAAAGGAUACAUGAAUUUCGGGCUGGACCGCUCCACUCACAGCCCCUUACUAGGUCUGCACAUCACCAGCUCUGGUGGCGAUGGGGCAAACGUUGGCCCUGAAAAAUCGCCUCUCUUGCCCUUAUCUGAUGUUCCUCCGUUAACACCAACUGCCCCUACGGUGCCCAGCACACCGCGGUGUUGGCGUAACGUUUACUGCCUCCUCGACUUGUACACAACCACUCCCGAGACCAAGACCUUGAGCCAAGCCGCUGCGAGCAGACGCUAUUACAAAGAUCACAAGCCUGGUGAACCUGAUGCUGCCAUGGACGCCAACGAAGAUGCUAGCGUGCCUCUAGUCACUGACCGCAUCCAGAUUCUGAUUGAAGGGGAAAGAACUCCUCUUGUUGUUCUGGGUGUUGCUAAAAUUCAUCGCACUCGACUUCUAGCGUCACUGAGCGGUCUCAAACUCGAGGCUCAGAUGACAGGCCUGCAGUCUUCCUUGACUUACAAAGAGAAAAUUCGCGAGGAGAACAGCAACACGGAGCUGAGCGUCACUGGACAGGUGGACACGAGCAGCAUCGUGCUGCUGGAGGGCAACCCGCAGCAGACGGUCGUGCGGGUGGCCAUCGCUCGGUCGCAGGCGCUCUACUCCAGCGUCCUGCGCAAGGCUAAGGAGAGGAACUCGGCCCUCAUUAGUAUAGGCGACAUCGAGGUGCGCAUCCCGCAACACCCCGUCAUCCUGCACGACAUGAUGACCCGCGGCACCAAGCAACUCUCGUCCACCCUUCAGGAGCUACGGGUCGCUAGACCCGCUCCAAGACUCAGCCGCGCUGCAACCGUCGACGACCCGGACGCUUCCCCCCGCCCUUACCACAGCACCCAGACCCCCUGCUUCCCUCCACCUCUACACGAGGAACCUUCCUUGCACGAGCAACAACAACCUUCCUCGUCAGCAGUACACGACGACCACCUCAUGUCUGCUGCAGCAGCAGGAGGAGGAGGAGGGCAGAAAUCUCCUCUCCUGCAGCCGCUGGUGGUGCGGUUCUCGCUGGUGCUGCAGAGCGUGUGCGUGCAGGCCGCUCUGCUGCCGUCCCUGCAGGCGCAGUAUCGUAUGGAGCAGCUCACGUGUCGGGGCGUUACGGGCUCCAAGGCCAAGUUUACGGCUCAUCUCCCGUCACAUAAACUCUCCUUCUCCACCAAACUCCAGGACCUGCCCGGGGACAGCCAGCUCCCGUCGGAGGCCUGCAUUGACCUGCCGCAGGUGCACGUCGAGGCAGAAUACAUUCAAGACGACGCCUCUGGUGCUCCCUCUGGAGGCCUGCAGACGGCACCUCCCGGGGGCGGCAGCGAGAGCAGCAUCGUCAUGAGGAAGGGCAAUUACCUCAACGGCGUCGCCGAGAUAGGUUCUCUGGAGCACAGUCUCACCACAGACCUGCUCAACCACCUGGUCUUCGUGCAGAAAGUCUUCAUGAAGGAAGUGAACGAAGUGGUGCAGAAGAUGGCAGGUGGGGACAAGCCCGUCCCGCUGUGGUGGGACGACGCGACCCACGACGACUCAGCCCCUCCCCGGCGUGCCCCCCGUCCCCGACAGCUGCUGUUCUCCCUGCAACUUCGUCUGCGGGGCAUCACCAUGACGGGCACGACACCCACGCAGUCUGCGGUCCGACUUGAGACGGGCGCCGUCGAGCUGCACCUCAGUAACCGCAUCGACUCAGGGGGCGGCGCCCCCACCGGGGGGUGCCAAGCCUCCAGGAUAUACGGCAGGGCGCAAGUUGACCUCAACCUCGCCCUGGGGCAGCUCAUCCGCAACGACAUGUUCGAGGAAGUCGAGCCUGAACUGCAGCAGCUUGCUUACUUCAGAACCCGCAUCAACCUGCGUAACGCCUUCCACAACGAGCUGUCCUCUGUGGGGCCUGAGGGGGAGGUGGUGCUGAUCAGCCUCACGCGUCCUCUGGUCUGCGUGCAGCCCAUGGCCGUAGACCGCGCCGUGCUCGUCUGGCUUAAUUACAGAAACGCUUACGACUACUGGAACGAACAGCGGGCCUCGCUCAAUAAGGAGGUACUGACGGCGACGCAGCAGGUGUUCGAGAAGGUCCCGCAGUUCGCGUCCCUCGGGCCUAACCUGACGUCAAGUCUGAGCAGCAGCAGCGCUGGCGGGUCCGCGCGAUCAUCGGUCCCGCGGUCCAACCUCUUCCUCCAGCUGACGGUGGACGACCUCGGGGUGUGUCUGCCCCUCAACCCCGUGCCCUCGGCGACGCAGCAGGCGGACUCGACAGAGACGCGUGACGCGUUGGUCAUGACGCUCGAGAGCACCAGCAUCUCCGCCUGCAACUCUGGCUCUCUCGUCUGCAAGGCGCGCUUCACGGGCUUCUGUAUGAGGUUUGCCCCCGAGUUCGAGACAAGUCUGGACGAGUGGAAGCCUGACCUGAAGGACGCGUCCCUCAUGAACCUCUGCACCGUGUCUGAGGGCACCUACGAGGUCUGCAGCCGUACCCGCACCACGCACACUGACAAGGGCGGCGCGGCAGUGUGGCUGCUGCACGUGGGCUGGCAGAUGGAGGGCGUAGACCUGCUCAUGGACAUCAACAUCGGCAAGCAGCUCAGCGCCCUCGCCCGCACCCUCACCACCAUCACUGGGUCCCCCGACGAGGCGGCCGCCACGCCCGGUCAUGUCACCCCGUCACACGAGCUCGACUCUGACGACGACGAUGACGACGAAACCUUCAGCCAUGACGGCGGCGACCUUAACGCUGCUCAGCCAGAGUCAGCGUCGUCGCGGCGGCAGGCCCUGCAGUUCCCGGACAGUCUCCCUGCCGCGGUCUUCGACCCCAACCUCGACCCCAGACAACGCGCCAAGCUCCUCGAGAUAGAGAUGAAUGAGCAGGCCAAGACGGUAGCGGCCCUGAAGAGCGUGGGCGCGUCGGACGCGUGGGUGAAGCAGGAGAUGAAGCGCCUGCAGGUGCUGGAGACGGCCGUCUUCUGCGACUUCAGGAGAGACGUCAUGCAGAAACUGCGCCGGCAGAGUGUUAAGGCUAACAGCAUGCGGGACCGCCUCGGUCUCGCCUCCAAGCCCGGCUCUGGUCACAUGUCAGCGUCCCGAAGCUUCAGGGUCCCCUCGCCCACACUCGAGAUCUCUGAACCUAAACAGCGGCACGACAGCAGCAGCGGCAGUGACCCACUUUCCCUGGCCCUGGACGGCAGAGGUGGGUCAUCGUCGCCGUCCACCGUCCCCCAGUCGCCCCUGCCCGCCUCGUCCACCGCCGAGGACGUGCCUCUCGUCCACUCCAGGUUCCCCCGCCCUGGGGACGUGGUUUCAAGGUGUGGGGACGGCGGGGACGUGAGCACCUCGCUGAGUGUCCCCUCGUCCCCCUCCACGGGGGACAAGCUCCCCUUGCAGUCCCCAAGUCCCCACCUCGCCCCCACCGCCAGCCUCACUCAGUCUGACACUGAGACUGACACUCUGACUGUCACUAAUGUCAGCAGCUUCGCGACGGCGCCCCUGGGGGGCGGCGCCCCGGCGUCCACGGGCGCCAGUGGUCGGGGCGACAGCGCUGCUGCUGCUGCUGCGGCGCCCUCAGCACCUCAGCACGGAGGCUCGCAAGACCCCAGUAUAGACCUGGAGCUGGACGUGCAGGUCUGCAUCAGUUCAGGCCAGUGUAUCCUCUACAACAAGGACUGCCGCAAGGAGGAGGAUACCAAGAGUCGCCUGAAGAAGGAGCGCAGUUUCUCGGGCGUACUCUAUGACCUCAGCGGCACCUCCAGCAGCCCGGGGUCCACGCGACGCAAGGGCGGCGCCGGCGCCUCUGACCUCAGGCAGCACCUCUCUUCCUCAGGGAAGCUACGUCAGUCGGCGCAGUCAUCCAGCACCGGGGCGCCGCCCCCCGCCAAGCCUCGUCAGGGCAGCGCCGGCACCGCCCCCUCCGUGGCAGAGUGCACGGUCUUCUUCAUACCGGGGCUCGACGUUAAGGUUCACUACGAGUCCCACUCCUCGAACGUCGAGAGUCCCGCAGCUAGCGGAGGUCCCGCUGGCGGCGGAGGUCCCACAGGGGGUGGAGGUCCCACAGGAGGCGGAGGUCCCACUCGGAGUCCCCAUGAUUCUUCAACCCUUCAUCCCCAUCGCAAAGCAAACACCCGCGAUGAGGAAGUCAUUGGGGGAGACUCAAGCAUUCCUAGGGAUGCCUCCAUGCAUCAAACAGCUGCUGGUGAAGGUGGUGGUGUUGCUAGUGGUCAGGUCCACAGCCCAGGCACUGGGGCAGGUGCCACUGCUCCCUCAGGAGCCACAAACCGCAAGUAUGCGUCCCUGUUCACAUGGCUGACGCUACAAAGCAUCCCUGAGGAGACCGUCAUCUGCCCCAGCAUCCUGGACUUCUUGGAGCUCGCCCUGGAGCCUCUGCCGCUGCCGCACACUCAGAAAACCGAGUGUGAUGCUGGAGACAUCAAGCAAGAAGCUUCAGAAGUGCUGAGUGAGAGUGGCGAGGGCGGGACGGUGGUGCCCGGCGGUCAAUAUUCCUCUUUCCCCGUAGACGUGAUCGUAUAUUUCCACAUGCAUCCUUGCACCAUCCGCUUCUCGUGCCAGCCCGUGUCCCGCGUCGAGUGCCUACUGCAAUUGCCUUCCCUCGACCUCGUAUUUUCCUCCAAGAGAGCCAACGACGAAUGCACCUUCGAGGAAGUCUCUACCACCACCUCGGCAGAGUCCAAAACUCUGAGCAACACCGUCGGGGGGUUGAGUGUCACGGGAGUUCUAGAGGACUUCUCGUUGUUUGUCUUCCAUCCGUACGGUGGCAAGACCGCCCGAAAAAGCAUCGAUUCCGAACGCAGGAAUUCAUUGAGCGUUACUGUCGAGUUCGUAAAGUUUCAGAUUUCACGAACACGGAAAAUGAACGUCACUGAAAACGUCAACACAGCGACAUCAGCUGAGAGACUAGGCAAGCAAACGCCUAACGCUGUGCCUGACGCCGCAGCAAUCAUUCGGUUUUCUGCAAUCAUUGACAUCGGCACGGCGCUUUUCAAGUACGACAUGCGGAGGUUAACUGAAAUUUUGGCUUUCCCAAAGGCGUGGUACCGAAGAACCAUCGUACGUCGACUCUUCUUGGGCGACUUGGGCAAUUUGUCCACCGUCAAUGAGAUGACAGAGGACGAUGAAGUGAACUUGACAGCCACGCACAGCUCGAGCACAUCUAAAGACAGCACCGAGAACAGCCGUCGUGAGAGCAGCAACAGCAACAACAUCAUCACCAACAGCAAUAACAGCCGUAAUCAAACAACAGCAGCUGCUGGUGCAACAGCAGCAAAGGCAGGCCCUGAAUCUCAGCACCCAACCCCUGGACUUGGUCCAAGACCACGUGACAAACUCUGGCUAAAUCUGGACGGCGAAGCUGCGAAAAAGUCACAGAAAACUGCCAAUUAUUCCCUAAAAUCUAACCCUAACGCUGGUGGCAACGCAGGCUCCUGGGAAACUCUGGUGCUUUUUGCAGCGAAUUUCACGAAACUCGACGUGCACAUGAACAUGGGUAACGUUAUGGGCAACGUUGUUUGGACGACCAGAGGCUUUCAAGCCAAUGGCCGUCUCUCCAUCGGCAGCUGCGGCCACAAAAACAUGUACAUCGGACUUGGCUUGGGCGGGUCUAACCUCGAGGCCAAAGGUGGAAUCGUGGGUGGUAUCAUCGACUUAUCAACGAUCAACACGUACCUGAAGAUAAGAGAAGACCCUGGCACAGAGCCUGACCACACCUUCGGGGUGAAGUUAUUCGCAUGUCAGUGUCGGCUGGACUACAUGGGCACGAGUGUCCUCAUGUUGAGAGUAUCCUCUUGUGGUGCUACCCUCAGGGACGAGUGGAAGGUGCUAUCCUCCGACGACAGCGAUGAUGCCACGCGCAGAAGCGCGACGAUAUUCAUCAUUGGCGACCUAGAGUGGGACCAGCUGCAGCUUCUGAUCAGCAAGAGCACCACGGCCGACCUCCUCAAAAUGUAUCACAAACUCGAGGAGUUCUUCGCUCAGCAGUUCAAGUCGAGUCGCCAGGUGCUGUUCUCGCUGCAGCCUAACAAGCAGAAGCAUUCCGUCCGCUCCAGAGACAAGGGCGGCCACAGCAGCAAGAAACUUUCGUCUGUCACGGGCGGUAGUGUGGCGGGUGAGGUACACCAUCACCGUCACUGGCAGCGGGUGUUGUCACGGGUGUCGGGUCUCUCCCUGACCACCCUGCCCGUGCCCCUGCCCGUCACGGGCACGGUGCUGGGGGGCUGCCUCGAGCUGCACGGCAACAGCAUCUCAUUAGCCUGCUUCCACGGCCUCAACUUCAAGAGCAAGUCUUGGGCACUCUUCUCUCUUAAGGAGCCUCUCAUUAACUUCACCACCGAGGUCCAGGAGACGCCCGAUGAUGGAGAGCGUGACACGCACGUCAUCCAGAACCUGAUCCUGAGCCUGGGCGUGCUGAAGCAGGCGCCUGUACAGCACGUCUCCAUGGCGACGGUGCUGCGGGUCCCUGUACAGCACGUCUCCAUGGCGACGGUGCUGCGGGUCACCCGCAACAUGGUCUUCCCGCCACAGUUCCGCACGCUGCAUGACUGGUUCCAUUACGCCUUCAACACCUCCGAGAUAGACAAUGUGGACCGGUUCCCGGUUCUGGACGACUCGCGCACGGACAGCCUCGGUUCGUCGGACCCGAAGCGAGUGUCGGGUUCACAGCAGCAACUCAAAGAGCACAACCACACCACCGAGACCAUCUUCGCUUUCCCGUCCUUAGAGAUACACUUGAACUCCAAGCAGCGACAGGGCCCCAACACUCCUGACUUCUCGGGCAAGAAGCCGCGCGUGGAGACGUCGCUGGUGACGGAGUUCCAGGACCACAUCUUCGUCACGGUCGACGCUGAGAACUUCUUCUUCCUACACGACCUUAUUAUCUCUUAUGUUAGAGAUAACAGAGAUAAGGGGGUCAGUGUUAGGAACUUCUUCUUCCUGCACGACCUUAUUAUCUCUUAUGUUAGAGAUAACAGAGAUAAGGGGAGCGACGGCAGCGACGGGCCUUCACCGGCUGGGGGCGGCGGCCCCCUCAUGGACCCCUCCUCUGGGGGGGCCCGGGGGGCCAAGGGGGGGCGGGUCAACGAACCCACGCAGUUCCUGCAACUCGACUGGCGGGAGUUUACGUGCAACACCUGGCACCUCGAGCCCACCGUCAGAUUGUUGUCGUGGGCGGCUAAGAACCUGGACCCCUACGGGGUUGACUACAUCCUCAACAAGCUGGGGUUCAGCCAAGCCUCAACCACCAUCCCCAAGUGGCUGCAGCGGGGCUGCAUGGACCCUCUCGACAAGCUCCUCUCGCUCCUUAUGUUUAGGGUCAUUACCGCGCUACGCGACCGGGACUACAGCGCCGACCCUGACCAUUGAGGGACGGAUUAAGGGUCCGACCCUGACCAUUGAGGGACGGAGUGAGGGUCCGACCCUGACCAUUGAGGGACGGAGUGAGGGUCCGACCCUGACCAUUGAGGGACGGAGUGAGGGUCCGACCCAGACCACUGAGGGCCGGACUAAGGGUCAGACAUGACCAUUGAGGGCCGGACUAAGUGUCAGACCCUGAGCAUUGAUGGUCAGACUAAGGGUCCGACCCUGAGCAUUGAGGGACGGACUAAGGGUCAAACCCUGAACAUUGAGGGCCGGACUAAGGAUCGGGCCCUGACCAUUGAGGGACGGACUAAGGGUCAGACCCUGAACAUUGAGGGCCGGACUAAGGAUCAGACCCUGAGCAUUGAGGGAUGGACAAGGGUCCGACCCUGAGCAUUGAGGGAUGGACUAAGGGUCAGACCCUGAGCAUUGAGUGAUGGACUAAGGGUCAGACCCUGAACAUUGAGGGUCGGACUAAGGGUAAGACCCUGACCAUUGAGGGUCGGAAUGAGGGUCAGACCCUGACCAUUGAAGGUCGGACUAAUGGUCCGACCCUGACCAUUGAGGGACGGACUAAGGGUCAGACCCUAAACAUUGAGGGCCGCACUAAGGGUCAGACCCUGACCAUUAAGGGCCGGACUAAGGGUCAGACCCUGACCAUUAAGGGCCGGACUAAGGGUCAGAAUCUGACCAUUGAGGGACGGACUAAGGGUCAGACCCUAAACAUUGAGGGCCGCACUAAGGGUCAGACCCUGACCAUUAAGGGCCGGACUAAGGGUCAGACCCUGACCAUUAAGGGCCGGACUAAGGGUCAGAAUCUGACCAUUGAGGGACGGACUAAGGGUCAGACCCUGAACAUUGAGAGACGGACUAAGGGUCAGACCCUGAACAUUGAGAGACGGACUAAGGGUCAGACCCUGAACAUUGAGAGACGGACUAAGGGUCAGACUCUGACCAUUGAGGGACGGACUAAGAGUCAGACCCUGACCAUUGAGGGACGGACUAAGGGUCAGAGUCAGACCCUUAGCCGUGUCCUGUGGUACCGCAAAUGUAAUUAGUUGAAGAUGUUCUACAUUAGAUUUAUGUUCAAUUUUCAUCAGAAUUUAGAAAGAAUAUCGCUCGUAUGUUGUAACCAUGGAUUGAACUAACGCCUGUUGUGAUGAAAAUAUGCAGAUGAAUUGACUGCUAUACAUUUAAUUAUUUGACUUGAUUGAUAACUAGGAAGUAUUUACUAGUCUAAUUUAGAGAGCAACAUGUUAGCAUCAUCUGAUUGCGCUACUUUUUAAUUUAACGACGUUAAUCAUUGAAGCAUUCCAAUUGUUUCCUGUUCUCAUCGUCCAUGGAUCAGCAAAUGUCUUUCAGUCUAGUGUAGAGUGACACUCAGGCACUCAGACAAAUGGGUGAGUCUUUGUCCGAAUAGCCAUACAUUAUUUAUGUUCGUGUCGGUCAUCUUGACACGAUUUAGCCUGGCCAAGACUACGUGCAGAAAGAGCUGCAAUACGGCGUAUUUUCUAAUAGAAUAUUAAUAUUAAAUAAGAAAUAUUAAUAAAAUAAUAAAUAUUAAUUAUUACGGUGGUAAUUAUUAAUAUUUCCCUGGUUUUUGAGUACGUUGGUUAUGUACAUUUAUCGUCCUCAACUUCGGUAAUGUGAUGCUCUCUUUGACGGCGAAAGUUUUUUCAAGUUUUUUGGGUUUUUUUUAUAUUGUAUAUUACAGGAGCUUCCUUUUUGCCCUUCCUUUCAUUUGUUUAGUGUAAUAUUUCCUCAACUGCCAUAUCAUUUUUACAGUUUGAUUUUUCUUUGUAAUUUCAUCGUGAAUAUAUAAUAAUUGUGAUAUUUUCGUACCUAUUAGCUACCAUAUUAUGACGCUGGUGCAAUUUUAAAUCUAACUUUUGUAUUGCUGAGUGCCGAAAAUUGCUGAAUAAUCAACUAGGUUCUACUCUGCCUGUGUUGUUGUGUUCACUAACUAGAUGGUGAAGUGAGCUAGUGUACUGCAAUAGCUCUAGUGUACUACAAUAGCUCUAGUUCACCACAAUAGCUCUAGUGCACCACAAUAGCUCUAGUGCACUACAAUAGCUCUAGUGCACCACAAUA